GCUGUCAGAUACAAAGAAACAGAGAGAGAUGGCGACUGCUAUAGCUAUAGCACAUUUUUGUCCAAAAACAGGCUUAACUCUUUCUUGUCACAAAAGAAAUCAUUUCCUCUCCCAUCACCUUCAUUUUUCUUCUGCUUCCCUCUCCCAUGCUGUGUUCUCCAGAGGCUAUUUGUCAACUGAGAUGUUUAGAAGGCCAAAAAUUCACCCCAUUAUUUGUAAGGCCAAAAGAUAUGCUCCAAACACCACAAAGAGAAAGAGAUUGAGUAGAAAGAGGGGAGGUGAACCUGACAAGAAAACACAUAGGAGAAGGAUGGGGUCUAAGAAGAAGCUGCUUUUCAAGAUCAUCAGGCUUGUCUCAGCAGCUGGGACUAGAUUCUUCUAUGCCAAGAAAAAGAGCAGGAAGAUUGACCUCAAGAAAUAUGAUCCAAAGCUAAAGUACCAUGUCCUGUUCACAGAAGCCAGUUGAUAUGUAACAUGGCACUUUCAUCUUUGAUAUUUCCCUGCUUUGGUUUUCAUCCAAGAAUUGUAUCACUAAGCUGUAAAUAUACAAAUUUCCAUUUUUGAUCACAUGUGUGUAGUUCCGGUGAUACUGAAGCUGCAAAACUGAGCUAAGAAAUUGUAGAAAUCAUUCCCAAUUACCAGAUCUCUUCAAUCAGACUAAAUUGUAAAUAAUUUUAAUUCAAGGCUUCAAAAACUAAAUGCCUUCACUGUCAAAACAUUUACUUACUAAAAACAAAAAGAAUCAAGAAAAACAAACAGAGGCCAAAGUCAACCAACAUAAUACACGCAUCAAUUUUAUAAGAAACUUCCAUUUCAAACUCUAUCACUCUUCAAAUCCUCCAUUCCUUUCUUCAGCGGUACAUUCUCUCAUUUUCCAAGCACUGUUUGAUUGAGACUAAGUUGAGAUAGUUCCUCCUAUUG